AUGCCCAACAGACGCUUCCCCCAUUUAUUUGACAUUCCCGCCUUCGUCGCACACGGCAAGGCUAUUGAGGAAAUCAUGAAGAAACUCCAUACGGUCAAGUUUAAGAAAGAAAAGCUGAAGAAAGACAAAGAGUAUAUCCAGAAGGAGAUUGAGGAGUUAGAAAAGGGUGACAGAAAUGACGAGGGGAGAGAUAUUGAAGAGGACAUCACAGAACUUCGAAAAGAGCUGCAAAAGCUUGACGACAAGAAACAGAAAUUGAAGCUUAAGAAGGAGAAACUCAAGGAAGAAAAGAGGAAGCACCAGAAGUCAAUGGCCAGGUUACAAGAGAGAUAG